UCUUGUGUCCGGGAAAAGUAUGGGAAGCAGACAGGAGAUGAGUUUAGAGGAUCCGAUGGUAUACGUUGCUGUGGGAAAAGAUGUGAAGGCUGAGUGCAAUUCAACCCUGUUAUGGGCUUUGCAGAACUCCGGAGGAAAGAGGAUUUGCAUUCUUCAUGUUCAUAUUCCUGCGCAGCUGAUCCCCUUUAUGGGUGCAAAAGUUCCGGUGAGCUCAUUGCAGGAAAAGAUAGUGAAUGAACACUGGGAAACUGAAAGACAAAAUAUGCAUGCCAUCCUCAAUGAAUACCUUAUUUUCUGUUCCCAAAGGGGGGCACGGGCUCAGAAACUAGUGACUGAAAUGGACUGUAUUGAGAGGGGAAUAGUAGAACUCAUCUCUCAGCAUGGGAUCAGGCAGCUUGUUAUGGGAGCAGCAGCAGAGAAGCACUAUAAAAGAAAAAUGAUGGACCUCAGGUCUGAUAAAGCUAAAUAUGUGCGUGAACAAGCACCUGUCUCCUGCCACAUACAAUUUAUCUGCCAAGGCCACCUCAUCUUCACCAGAAUGCUUGAAAUUGUUGAAAUACUUUUCACUUUCAGUUUAAUCCUAUUACUAAUGCAAGUACCAUAUCAAAAUAGGGGAGCAAAUGCAGACGCUGAAACUGAAACUGGAAUAUCCAACAAUAGGAAAUCACGGUCUGUUAGUUGGGGGCACAGCAGGGACACCUCCAAAAUAGGACAAUCAUUGAGAUCACAAUCUGUUUCAGAGAAAAACAGUAAUAGGAGUAGCGGUGGAAGGGGCCUGUUGGACAUAUCUUUCCCAGAAGGCACUGAAGAGCUUGCAUCUCCAAAGAGCUUGUUGGACGUAGAAGGCAGUUCUGAUGAGCGGGAAUAUGGCUUAUCAAGGAGUCCUCCCCAUUUGGGUUGCUCAACAUGCUCUUCCAGAAGAGGGGCUGAGGAUGAGAAUGUGAAGAUCUCAUCACCAUUACACCAACCAAGUCCAUCAUGGAUUUCUGCAUGCUCUUCUAGUACUGGAGCUCUCAGUGAUGUGGAUGGAAGUCUAUAUGUUAAUACCCUUUAUGAGAAACUUCAACGGGCGUGGGCAGAGGCUGAAAAAGAGAUACUCAGGCGUCAGAAAGCAGAAAGAGAUCUAAUUGAGGCUCUAUGCAGGGCCCAUGAAGAGUUGAUACAAAGAAAAACUGAGGAAGCGUUGGCAAAAGAGAGAGAGAUGGAAGAGGUGAAGAAUCAGAGAAACCAAGCAAUGGAAGAACUCCGGUCUUCUCAAGUACAAAUUGCAGAGUUACAGAAGGGGAUGGAUGAGCUGCAAGUGGAGCGUGAUAAUGCUCUGAAAGAAGCUCAAGGGCUGAGAAGAAAGCAAGAGGGCUCAAUGAGAGACAGGCUGCCAUUCUCUGAGUUCUCCCUCUCCGAGAUUGAAGAGGCCACUCAUAGCUUUAACGAAUCCAUGAAAAUUGGAGAAGGAGGAUAUGGGAACAUUUAUAAAGGUAUCUUGCAUCAAACCAAGGUUGCUAUAAAGAAGCUACAUUCACAGAGCAUACAUUCUCAUGUCGCACAAGGCCCCUCAGAAUUUCAAAUGGAGGUUCGUGUACUGAGUCAGCUGAGGCAUCCAAAUCUAGUGAAACUCAUUGGAUCUUGUCCAGAAGCUUUUGCACUCAUCUAUGAGUAUGUCCCCAAUGGAAGCCUUGAAGAUCGACUCAGCUGCAAGGACAACAGUCCUCCAUUAUCAUGGCAAACUCGAGUAAGCAUCGCCAAAGGGCUCUGCUCUGUUCUUGUUUAUCUUCAUUCCAUUAAGCCUCACAGCAUCAUUCAUGGUGAUUUGAAGCCCUCCAAUAUCCUUCUUGAUGCCAGCUUUGGCAGCAAACUUAGUGACUUUGGAAUCUGCCGCAUAAUCUGCCAUGAAAGUAGCUCAACCAACAACAGUACCACGCUGUGCCAUAUAACUAUCCCAAAGGGCACUUUGCCUUACAUAGACCCUGAGUUUCUUGAAACAGGAGUGCUGACUUUUAAGUCAGAUGUUUACUCCUUUGGACUCAUAUUGCUGCAGUUGUUGACUGGGAGACCACCCUUCUUGAUAGCAAACGAAGUGGAAGAUUCGUUGGAUGCUGGAAACUUGGAAACCCUGUUGGAUCCUUUGGCUGGAGAGUGGCCUAUUGCGCUUGCUCAGGAGUUGGCUCGGUUGGGGUUGAGGUGCUGUGAGAGGAAGCGAAAGAGGCGGCCAAACCUUGGGUCAGAUGUCUGGAAGGUGCUUGAGCCAUUGAACACAUCAUGUGCAGCCGAGUCCUGACCCCAGCUGGGUCCUGCACAUGAUCAAUCUUUAUUGUAUUUGUCCCAUUUCCUAGGUAGGUUAUUCUAAUCUAGUGCUUAGAGGCAGAAUAUUGCUUCAUGGUGAAGGAAAUAUAUGUAUAUAUAAUAAAUUGUAAGAGUGUUGUUAUUUAUAUUCGUUUUAAUAGUUUUUAUUUUAUUUUAUUUUAUUUUUUA